CUACACUUCCCAAAAAAAAAAUAAAAAAAAUUCAAACAAUCAUCUUCUGCAAUCUCUCAAGAGCCAUUUUCAUUAGACCGGGCGGGAGCGAAUCAUUCUCCUUUUUACUCAGUCGGAUUUCUCUCUCUUCGUUUCUUCUCCCCAUUCCCCAACAUUGGUCAAAUCGCGUGCAGAAAGGGAUAACCGGAGAAAGGAAUGGGAUACAUUGGGGCGCAUGGAGUUGCGGCGUUGCAUAGGCACAAGUACAGUGGAGUAGAUCACUCGUUGUUAGCGAAAUAUGUGCUGCAGCCCUUCUGGACUCGCUGUGUUAAUUUCUUCCCUCUUUGGAUGCCACCUAACAUGAUUACACUCAUAGGAGCGAUGUUUUUGAUUACAUCUGCAUUGCUUGGAUACAUAUAUUCACCUCAUCUGGAUUCACCUCCUCCUAGAUGGGUUCAUUUUGCUCAUGGACUUCUGCUCUUCUUAUAUCAAACUUUUGAUGCUGUUGAUGGAAAGCAAGCAAGAAGAACAAAUUCCUCUAGUCCACUGGGAGAACUUUUUGACCAUGGAUGUGAUGCUCUUGGAUGUGCGUUUGAAGCCUUGGCCUUUGGAAGCACUGCCAUGUGUGGUCCGAGUACUUUUUGGUUCUGGGUUAUAUCAGCAGUCCCAUUUUACUGUGCUACAUGGGAACACUAUUUCACCAAUACUCUCAUUCUUCCGGUGAUAAAUGGGCCUACAGAAGGUCUUAUGUUGAUAUAUAUGAUCCAUUUCUUCACAGCCAUUGUUGGUGCUGAGUGGUGGGCUCAGCAAUUUGGGAAAUCCAUCCCAUUCUUGAGUUGGGUUCCAAUUAUAAAUGGAAUCACGAUGUACAAAGCUGCAUUAUACUUAAUGAUAAUCUCUGCCGUUAUACCUACAGUCUCAUUCAAUGUCUACAAUGUUUAUAAGGUUGUUCAGGCAAGAAAAGGAAGCAUGCUGCUAGCUUUGGCAAUGCUUUAUCCUUUUGUUGCGCUACUGGGUGGAGUUCUUGUUUGGGAUUACUUGUCUCCUUCUGAUUUACUGAGCAACUACCCGCACCUGAUCAUAUUGGGUAUUGGCCUAGCAUUCGGGUUUCUUGUGGGAAGGAUGAUUCUUGCUCACUUAUGUGAUGAACCAAAGGGCUUGAAAACAAACAUGUGCAUGUCAUUGUUUUAUCUGCCUUUUGCCAUUGCAAAUGGACUCACUGCCAGGCUAAACGACGGAGUUCCUUUAGUUGAUGAGUUCUGGGUUGUUCUUGGUUUCUUUGCAUACACAGUGGCGCUUUAUCUGCAUUUUGCCACCUCAGUCAUUCAUGAAAUAACAACAGCCCUGGGAAUAUACUGCUUCAGGAUAACUAGGAAAGAAGCGUAAGCUGUGAUUACUGUAUCGCCUGGCUGUGCAUUUGUAACCUUGAGUUUGUAGCUGGCAACUUUGAUUUUACAAAUAAGGCACAACAUUGGCUGAUCAUUGAUACGAAGUUCAAUCCGCUUUUUCUGCUAGUGUGACGUUAGUUUCUAAAAUAUACCGAUUUUCAGUUGAGUGAUGUUAUAUUUCAUAGGGUGACCAAUGUUUUUUUUUUUUUUUUUUUUUUAUAAUUUAUUUAUGGUGUAGUCGUAUUUUAAAUUCCACUCUUGUUGUCUCUUAAUUCUUAAGUGCAUUCAUUCUGUAUACACAGAUUCACUAACUUUUGGUUUAUGUCGCCUUUCUAUAAUUCGUUUUCGUCAAUGAUU